AUGUCAACUGUGAAUACGAUACAUGACGAAACAAUACAACAUUAUUCCAAAGUAACUAAACUUAUUCAUUAUGUUUCAAAAUUUGAACCCGAUGGACACAUUCGGCAUUCCAAACUGCGCCGGUUCUCAUCGGUUGUCGAUUUAACAGACAGGUUGAUCGAGGGAAAACGCUUUCGUUUGGUGCCAAUGUGGUCAGAAUGGAAUGAAGUUGAAAUUAAUGCCGAACCAUGGGAUGCUGUUACAACUGGAGGAAAAAGAAGAGAGGCCGCUGCGGCAAGAGUACGUGCUGAUACGAAAACAACUAUAUCGAGUACAAAUGGUUUUGAUGAUCCUGAGGGAAAAGUCGAACUUCCUCCGUUGUUACAAGCUGAACAAUGGAAAAGACCGAACGAAUUUCUACCAUCCGAUAAAACACCUGUAGUUGUUGAUCCAGAUCUUGGUCUUCAAAAUUUCGAUUUAAUUACAUCGAAUGAACAUUUACAUUAUAAUCAGACUAUGCGGAACAUCAUCAGUCAAAUCAUCGCUCUUUGGAAUAUUUGUCGAAAAGUGGGGAACAAAAGUUCAGAUUUCAGUAGUGAACGUACGUGGCGACCUUGGGAACAUAUUUAUGCUUUAAAUAAAGUAUCAAAGCCACCGUUUAUAACGCCAUAUAAUCCUGCAGGAAAAUAUGUUGUUCGCCUCUUCUUUCUCGGUUCAUGGCGUAAAAUCAUUAUCGAUGAUACUAUUCCCUUCGAUUCGAAAAAUCAAUGUUUGCUACCACAAACUGCAUUAUCUUAUGAAUUGUGGCCAAUGCUUUUGUCGAAAGCGCUUCUAAAGAUCCUCUCUCUUGAUUUCAAUACUUUGCAUGAUUUUCCAGAACAAAAUGAAACGUCUAUUAUUCAUUCGCUGACUAGCUGGAUUCCAGAACCUAUUCCUCUCAAAUAUACACAUACUGAGAAAGUUUGGAAUUUUCUUCGUUACGAUCGCUCAAACAGACAAGUAUCUGACAAUGAUUGUCACUCAAUGCCAUCCUUUGGACCACUGCCAUUAUUUAAAUGGGCAGAACCAUCGGAUGAAAUCCCUAUGAGUAUUGAAAAUUCGUUAUGUCCUUCGAAACAACAGUCAGUAGAUCUACAAGAUGACAAAAGUUCUAAAAAAGGACGCACAUCAGCUAUCGCUAAAGAUGCACCGCAAUUCAAACCAACAAGUUCUAAAGAAAGUCGUCCAAAUACGAGAAAACCAGUGGUGACGGUUCGGGAAGGUAGUACACCGGCUAGCAGUAUGGAUCAAGCCAUUCCCGAAGCACCGAAAAUGAUCGUUUUUGGAACAGUAUCACAGUCACAACCCGUUCGUCUUAGUUCAUUCAGUGAAGCAGCUAAUCGAAGCGAACGACUGAGACAUUAUAAUCUGAAUGAAACAUUUUCCACUUCAAUCUUGUUGACUUCGAUUCGGGAUAUUCCACUUGAGCCACCACCACCGCCAGAGUUCGUACCGGCAUGGAAGCAAAUUCGACCAAAGAAAACCCAAUCGUUACCGAGUGCUGAACCGGCAGCUUUACAAGAAUCAAAGCCUGAUGAACGUUGGAUUGAAAUCACUUCACCAUACAUCAACUAUCCAACAGCCAGUGCUUUACAAACGAAACCAAAGGCUCGAUCACAUUCACUAGAGAAAAAUGUCAUUUCGCCAAGCAGACCAUCACGUUUAACUCGUCGACGCAAAUCAGAUAUGAGUGGCAUCGAUGAAGUCGAUGACAAUAAAAAUAGUGAUGCAUCGGAAAUUCUCACUACCGUCGGUUCAAUGCCAUCGAGAAAAGAGUUAAAUACUAAUGAUGCAACAGACAAACUUGAUGAGUCUAUGCGCUGUGCAGCAAAUAAAUUCAAACGUGAAUUGUCUGUUGACAGAAGCAAACUGCGACGAAAAUCGUCGGUUUUUAGCUCGAAACUAUCAUUCGAUGCACUAUCAGUAAAGAACAAUGAUAUUGAUCCGAUUAUGACUCCAGUAGAUGUGAAAACAAUAGAAAAUCAGAUCCAACAACAAAAUUUACCAAAGAAGUCCCAUUUAACACCAAAAGUUUGGAUGAAUUUCAAUGACUUUUGUACAUGCUUUACUUCAAUUAUCGUAUUUCAUAAUCCUGAUGGUUAUCAAUACAUGCAUAAACAUACGGAUAUCAAAUUCACUCCUUAUCAACGGCCUGUGGCAACUCCUGUUCAGCGAGAACGAAAGAAAGAAACUAUCCAACCAGUGAUUCCACAAAUUCCGAACCUACAGGAUGACAAAUCAGUCAUGUAUCUAUUUGUCGAUAGUACACGUGAUACGUUAGAUAAAAAUAUCGAAUUGCUUGUCAGCUUAACUUGUGUCUCACGGUGGCUUGACGCUAUUCCUCUCGAUGGUCCUGUACUCAACGAAAAAGUUAUUCGCGGCUCAAGUGUGUCAAUAGAAAAGCCUUCUAUUGAUCCCAAUGUAUCCAAACCUAUACUGUCACAAAAAGAGAUCAUAUCACAAGGAGGUUCGUUGAUCGUCGAUCUCUAUUCGUGGAAAUCGGUUUCACAAGGACAACCUAUUCUUCGUCUUCAUACAACAACAACUAAAGCUGCUCUAUUAACCUUACCACCUGGUCGGCAUGUGUUAAAACUUGUCAGUACAUGCUCGUUUGCUUAUAAUCUACAAAUUCUAUGUGAUACGAAUGAUUUCAUGCUUGGUGAUGAAGAUCACUUGAUGAAUAGACUAACAUCCGUACCUUUUCAGGAAGAUGCUGAGUGUCAAAUUCGCGCUGAAGAACUCUUUCUUGCUCUGGAUGAUUCGAUACAGAAUUUCCACCUAGUCGAUCAGCGAACCAAUGAGCUACACGAUUUUCUACGUUAUUACUGUCAACAAGCACCUGAAUUAUUGCAAAUACCUUUUGCAAAAUGUUUACAAGCAUUCCACCAAGCAUUAUACGUGACACUUCGGACAAUGUUGAAUAUGUCAGGUUCAACAAUUACUGCAGACACACAAUUUGCGUGGAGAUGCUACACAAAUGAUCUGUCGACGCCAGAUAUACUGGCAGCUUAUGAGCCAAAACGCCCGACUGCUCCAAGUGCUGGACGUCAUUCGGCAAGAACAGGCACCAGUUCAUCGGUUUCAUCCUCGAGUAAAAAGUCCAGUACAGGAAAAGAUAAGAGUACAGACGAGAAAAGCAAUCUAAAACACCACAUGCUUUUAACACGUUCAUCGCCAUUAUCAGAAAUACAAGAAUCAUCAUCGGAUUUGCUAACUCGAGAGCUAAGCGUUGGCGAACUACGAUCUGUGACAAAUAUUCAAAAGAGUGCUCGAGGAUUUCUUCAACGCCGCAUCAUGCUCGCGCGCACAGGUGGAACAGAAAAGAAUCUACUUACUCAACGGUUAUUACAAUCAACAAUGACAGUACUGAAACACGAAUCAGCGAAAUCAGCCUCUCUUCUAUUUAAAAAUCUUCUGUCAACCGAACCAAGAUUGGUCCAAUGCUUUGGAUUCUAUCAUGACGAUUGGAAUAUGAUUACCUAUCGGGAUUACCAUGGAAUUUAUUCAGAACAACCAGCCAAUACGUGGUUUGUUUUGUUUCGAGAAAUAUUUUAUGUUAUCACAGAGAAUUUAAUAGCUGCCAAAUUACUUUCACAUGUACCAAAUUCUGUCUUGCGUGUUAUUAACAACGAUACCUACGAAGAAUUGCCACUCGUAUUCAACCGAUUAGUACCACAUAUAUUUACUAAAAAUAAAAACGGCUACACCUUUUUGGCUGAAGGUAAAUCAACAGAUCAAUCAAUUUCAAACGGACGUUUUCGACUACGAUUGAUAACAUCUUAUACACAUCUUCCAGAAAUUCAUACGGAGCAGAUCACUUCUGCAUUUAUCACCAAAGAAAUCAUGGACUACUACAUUCCGAACAGAGAACAGCUGAUAUGCCGAUAUCGAGUAAUCGUUGCCGAUGAUAUCAAUCAAACUGGCCGCGGUUUUCAUUUAGCUAGUCUGCGUUUUCAAACAUCAAAUUCAGAUGUGUUGAUGCGUUUAACUGUUUUCGAUAACAAUGAAGAACUAUUACACAUAGAAGGGCAAGGAUGUCUUGUCGUGCCUUCCAUACUUUUCAUGCGUAAUGUUACGAAUACAAUACAGCAGCCACCCCCUUUGCCACCGCCUCCGAUUCAGCCAUCGUCAUCAUCAACAAGACCAACAUCGAAAGCAGGAGGAGGAGGUGGGUCACGUAAAAGAGACGGAAGCCGAACAAAUCUGGGCGACACAACACCCUUGAAUACUGCCAAUCGAUUAGACAAAGAUGCAGUCAGGCCAGAAAGUAGAUCAGCAAUUCCAACAAUUGAAGUAGAAGAAAAGUACCAUAAGUAUAUUAUUCAAGUCACAGUAUUGCAUAAAUCAUGGCCAUUAACACCAAGUCAAUGGCAUUUUAUUGAACACAUCAAGGAUCAAGAAAAGAAUGAAUCGAAAAUUUCAAAUCGACAACAGACACCAACAAAGACGGAUAGAUCUCCAAACACUUCAGCGACUACUAAACGAACAAGCCAAGGAAACACCGGGACAUUAUCUUCAGCAACAGGAAAAGGACGAAGUAGUUCUACUGGUAGUAAAGGUAAUACAACAACUGCAACUACACGACCCAGCACAGCAAAAGCAACUGCUGAUAAAAUCCUCGACAAAAGUAGACCCCAUUGGAUACUACAAGUCGUCUCCGAUGCUGACAAAAUGGAUGAAUUAACUAUAAAGAAGGAUACGGAACGACAGGACGAACUGAUGAAUAUCAAAAAAGCUUGGGAAACAUUACAAGCUGGUCGAGCUGAAAAAGCAAUGAAAUCCAGGCAAAAGUUUCUCGAAUCUUUGCAGCUAAAAGUUGAUGAUCAACCACCAUCGCAGCUUAUAGAGAAUUCAGAAAGUCAGCCCAACAACGGUGCAAUCAGUUCUCCAAUUAUAGAACAACAAGAAACUAUUCGACAGUCUUUAAUAUCAAAAAAAUCUUCUGUAUCAUCAAAAAAGACUUCCGCGAAAGAAGAACCUGCAAAACAAGUUGAGACCAUGGCACAAAUCAAGACAUCGCCACCGCCGAUUGAUGAACCACUCUUAAACGAAUCACCGAGCAAACCGAAAUUAAUCUUACCGCUACUCAAUGUCAAACCAUUUCUCAAACAAAAAUUACCUUCAAAAGAGCCUAUUAUAUCAGAUACAAGAUUCGAACAGGAAGAUAUCGAACGGCGUCAAAAGAGUUUUCUUGACUUCACCAAACGCAUAAACGAUAUUCGUCUCGAGCAGAAAAUCGAUCAAAAUAACCGUCAUAAAGAAAAACUCCGUCAGCUAGAAGAGUACAUUGAUUUACAAACAAAGAUCGAUCAAGCCCGUCAAGCCGUUGAUGCAUCGCGCGAAGCAUUUCGACAGCGAUUUCUUGAAAAUGAACGCAAGCGUUUAGAAGAAAUCACCCUCCAAGAACAAAAAUUCAUCUCCAAAGGCAAAGCAAUCAAUGCAGCAGGAACAAAGAAGAAGAAAAAUUGA